AUGCCCAUUGCCGACCUCUUAGUCGAUGGGGCGGCCAAGCAUGAAAUUUUAUCCUUCAUGGAUGGGCAUUCUGGCUAUAACCAAAUUUUUAUAGCUAAGGAGGAUGUCCACAAGACAGCCUUCAGGUGCCCCGGAUCCAUUGGGACUUUUGAGUAUGUGGUGAUGCCCUUCGGCUUGAAAAAUGCCGGGGCCACAUAUCAACGGGCAAUGAACGCCAUUUUCCAUGACAUGAUCGGUCGAAAUUUAGAAGUUUACAUCGACGAUGUUGUUAUAAAGUCGGAGUUUAGACUAGGUGACUUAGAUGACCUUCGGUCGGCUUUCGAGAGAAUGAGGCGACAUCAAUUGAAGAUGAACCCAAAAAAGUGUGCUUUUGGGGUAUCCGCCGGAUAUUUCUUAGGAUUCUUGGCACACCAACGGGGGAUUGAGAUUGAUGAAAAUAAGGCGAAGGCUGUCAUUGACGCGCCCCCUCCAAAAAACAAGAAAGGUGUGCAAAGUUUAUUGGGCCAAAUUAACUUUCUUCGAAGUUUCAUAGCCAAAUCCGCGGGAAAAGUUGAGCCCUUCUCAUCUUUGCUAAAACUCAAAGAUGAAGAGAAAUUUCGGUGGGAAGAGACUCACCAAAGGGAAUUCGACGCAAUUAAAGAAUAUUUGGCCAAGCCUCCGGUGCUCAUUCCACCAAAGUGA